AUGGCAGACUUGUUCGAUAGGUUGGAUGGUGCCACAGUGUUCACCAAAAUAGACCUGAAGACAGGUUACUCGCAAGUCCGAAUUGCUGAAGGAGAUGAAGACAAGACGACCUGUCCACAAAUUUGCACAUUGAUGAACCAAGUCUUCUCAGAGUACAUUGACGAGUUCGUAGUAGUGUACUUGAACGACAUUAUGAUAUAUAGCAAAAUAUUGGAGGAAUACUUGGAGCACCUGCGGAAGGUCUUGGCCCAACUACGGGAACACAAUCUAUAUGUGAAGCUGUCCAAGUGCGCAUUCGCCCAAAAGAAGAUUGACUCCCUUGUACAUGUCAUCGAGGAAGGGCGGAUAAAGAUGGACCAACAUAAGAUUCAGACUGUCACAAAUUGGCCGCCGCCUAAGGAUAUCCACGCCUUGAGGGCAUUCCUUGGCCUAUGUAACUUUUAUCGGAGAUUUGUGAAAAAUUACUCUCUCAUUGCAUUGCCGUUGACAGAACACCUGAAGAAAGUCGCGCCUUGGGAUUGGGGUCCCAAGCGAGCAGAGGCCUUCAACGCAUUGAAAGCGUCUAUGUCUAGUAGCCCCGUCUUGGCCCUUCCUGAUUUGCCAAGCCAUUCGAAGUACAGACGGAUUCCCCUGACUAUGCUAUGGGCGGAGUCUUGCUACAAGAGGGGCAUCUAG